AUGGCUGACAACCCACCGACCGGUCCCGGCUCAUCAAACCGCGGUCGCGGUAGUGGUCGCCGUCGCGGCCGCGGAGGGGCACCUCCCGGCCGCUCGGAGGCCCAACAUAACUCAGAUGGAGCUGGGAAGGGAUCCAAAUCUCGUGGUCGGGGCGGCAAAGCCCCUGGGGACCGCAAAAAGCAAAAAAGUGACGAGGGGCAGCAGAAUAACGAGGCGCAACCAGCAGCUACCGCGACAGUGGGAACGAAACAAGUUGCCGCAGCCACAGAUGAUGCUGACGAUGGAGAGGUUUGUUUUAUCUGCGCCUCAGCGGUUGAGCAUACGUCGGUUUCGCCUUGCAACCAUCGCACUUGUCAUAUCUGUGCGCUCCGCCUUCGUGCGCUGUAUAAAAAUAAGGGUUGUGCUCACUGUCGGACCGAAUCAGCCUUCGUGAUCUUUACUGACGAUCCCGUCCGACGUUUUGAGGAAUUUGACAAGAACGAUUUUGCUCGGACCGAUGACAAUCUUGGAAUUCAAUACGAAAAAGACGACAUUUUUGAAGACACUGUGCUCUUAUUACGGUACAACUGCCCUGAUGAGGAUUGCGAUGUGGCCUGUUUGGGCUGGCCUGACUUGCAUCGCCAUGUUAAGAGCAAGCAUGGUAAGGUGAUGUGUGAUCUGUGUACUCGAAACAAAAAGGUUUUUACACACGAACAUACCCUUUUUACCCCGGCAGAAUUGCGGAAACAUGAGAAGCACGGAGAUGACAAACCAGGUGCAAUCGACCAGAGUGGCUUCAAGGGACACCCGGAAUGUGGUUUCUGUCGCCAGCGAUUUUAUGGCGACGACGAGCUUUAUGCCCAUUGCAGAGAUAAGCACGAACGAUGCCACAUCUGUGACCGCCGCUCUUCACACCGGCAACAACAGUACUAUGUCGAUUAUAAUGCACUUGAGGGCCAUUUCGAAAAAGAUCAUUUCUUGUGCCUUGAUCCAGAAUGUAUGGAAAAGAAGUUCAUGGUUUUCGAGUCUCAAAUGGAUCUGAAGGGACACCAGCUCGAGGCGCAUCCGAAUGGAGUUUCGAAGGAUAUUCGCCGCGAUGCACGGUUGGUCGACCUCAGCGAAUUUGACCUCCGCAGUCCUUACCAGGCACAGCAGCGGCAGCGCCGCGGAGCUGGUCGUGGCCGUGACCCCAAUGCCGAGCCUCUGCCCGUGACGAGUGCCCAGCCACUGCGCCGGGAUCAGUUGGCCUACCAGCGCCAAAUGGAGAUACAGAGCGCUCAAUCAGUCUCAACGCGUAGCUUUGGUGGGCAGCUAACUCGCAAUGAGACGCAAACCGUACGAGCUCCACCUCGAUCAGCGGGCUCUACCCCGGGCCCGAAUUCCUCGCGCUCUGCCCCUCCAACGGCCGAGCUCGAGAACUUAACUCUGGCUACUACUUCUGAGCCACUGAGCUCUCAAGACCAGGCACGUCGGCUGCGCCACACUGCCGUGAUAGAACGGGCGUCGAAUCUGCUGCACAAUGAUGCUACCAAGCUCGCCGAAUUCCGCGGCAGAGUUUCCGGUUACCGUACAUCAUAUAUAACGGCCAUAGAGUUGAUUGAUGCUUUCUUCUCGCUGUUUGAUACCUCGAGCUCUGAAUUAGGCAAGCUUAUAAAGGAAUUGGCCGAAAUUUAUGAAGAAGAAUCAAAACGCAGCCACCUUCUACAGGCUUGGAACGACUGGCGUGCCAUAAAUGAGGACUAUCCCGCUUUACCAGGACCUGGAGGGUUGUUGCCAGGCAUGUCCCCCAGUACUGUGAACACUGGUGGCUCGCGUGUUUUACGACUCAAACAUUCCACUGCCAAGUCUUCACGCUCGGCAGUUGGCAGAAGUGGUGCCAUGCCAUCGUCCUCCUCAUCCGCAAAUCCUUUCCCUCCCCUCUCUGCGGCUGCCGGACCUUCGUCUUCUCGCCGUAACGGUUCCGCCGCUUCCACUCCGUGGGCAUCAGCUGCCCCUCCGAUGCAGCUUGCUCGCCCCAGUGCCCCAAGCGCCCCCAGCCGUUCGUCCUCGUCAACUCCCACUAGCUCCGCACGCAAGCCUGCUCCCAGUGGAGCAGAUGCUUUCCCUUCUCUCCCUGCUGCUGCGAAGCCCAAUGUCAUGAUGGCUGGUAAGACCCGCGGCUACCGUCGCUGGGAUGAGCACCGUGGUCCGGCUCCUACUGCCUGGGGAUCUAACCCAUCAUCUGGUGCUGCUACUCCCGCCGAGCAAUCAGAAUUUGACUUUGAAGACGAGCAAGGCGACGGGAAAAAGGGCAAGAAGAAGAAGGGCAAGCAGACUCUUAUACAUUUCGGCUAA